AUGUAUAAUUCACACAUAGGCAGACAAGGCCGUAAAGCAACCAUUUGGAAAACUCUACCAGGCACACCAAAGCAACCAAGCAGUGUAGAAUGCGGCUAUUAUGUCAUGCGCUUCAUGAGAGACAUCAUCAUGGAUACUUCCCUGGAGUUUGAGAAGACGUUUACGAAGGGAAAAUAUCAAGCGCCAUACCCCCAAGCAGCCAUUGAUGAAGUCAGGAAAAUGGGCAGAGUUUGUUUGCCUUCAUAUGGAGUCGAGGAUUUUUAG